UCUUGCUUGGCGAAUAAAAUAUGUACAAAUCAAGCGCGAUACGCUCUUCGUGCCGAUGCUCUAAUGCUUUAGUUUUCAACUUUGUUGUCUGGCGAGCGCGUAACGCGUGAGGGACGACAUUAACAGUCCCCUCGACAGAUGCCGCGCAAUUCCCGCGAUGCCCUCGGCAUCGCUUGGCACGGCGGUUUCCGAUAUCCCGCAAUAUCCCGGUAGUUGCACGAGCGGCGCUGACCCAUUGGCGUGUAUGUAACAGCUGUGGGGCUGAUUGAACUCGUCGCGGCAUUUUCGGAGUGAUUCUUUUCGCACGGGAAGUCGGGAACCGAGUGACCGGAAGUGGAGGAUCGUUGCGGACAAGCGAGCGACAGAGGAAAAAAAAGGGAGUGGGAGAGAGAAAGGAAGCGUGUUCCUGAGCGCGGCGCUAUGCCUCACCCAGAAUCGGCACGGGUGCUGUCGCGAUCGGUCACGCCGCUCCGACGAUCGCGGGGAUUCGCGAUGUAGCCCCCUCCCGCUCCUCGCAACACCCGCCUGCUCCCGUUGCUCCUCCUGCUUCUUAUCCCGACGAAAACACUCUCUCCUCGCGUCAUCGUCCCAACACCCUGGUCACAUCGAUGCGUCGUCACGCAACGUCGACGGGUACUCGGGCAACAACGCUCACGGAUCUUGGUCGCCGCGUCGAGUCACCUGCGACUACGCGUUCAUCGUCAUCUUCCUCAUCACCAUCAUCAUCAUCAUCAUCAUUAUCAUCAUCAUCGUCAUCAUCGUCGUUAAUAACGUCGCUGCCUCCUACAAGAAGUGCCUUCCAUCGACUCCCGCCGUUCGGCCGUGCGGCGAGCUUCCCGAUCGUUUCACCUGCCUCAGCGGUGUACGCGACGACGGCGGUCUUUACCGAUACGCACCUUUGUCCGAUCUCAUCCUGCCUGUGCGCCUCGCGCGUACAGUGAAAAAAAUGCGUGUAUCACCGAUCGCGCGACUUGGCAUUGCAUAACGCGUCGUGACUGUCAUCGAUUGUUUGGACCCUAGAUACACGUGAUUGUUGGACUCGCGUAUGUAAAAAGUGACAGUAUGCUUAUAGUCAGUUACAGUCACCGGAACUUACGUGGAUACAGUAUUUUUAUCGAACGAAGAUGUCAAACAAACCUCAUUGAAACUGGAAGUGAAUCAGCUGGAAACUAGCUUGCAUCAGAAAUGCAUUGCUGAGACAGUUCGAGAAACGAAGGGACACGGUCGUUCGUGUAGUCAGAGUGACGAUCCACGGUACCUAACCUGAAAGACAAAAUGUCUCAACUAAACAUCAACACGGGCAAGCGAGGGAGAGGGGUCGCAAGCACCUCUGCGUCGACCGUAUCCGCCCUGAGCAGCUCCACCGAUUUGGCCAGCCUCUUCGAGUGUCCUGUUUGCUUCGACUACGUGCUUCCACCUAUCCUGCAAUGUCAGAGCGGACAUCUAGUCUGUACAAAUUGCAGACCCAAACUCUCCUGCUGCCCCACAUGCAGGGGUCCUUUGGGUAACAUUCGUAACUUGGCUAUGGAAAAGGUAGCCAGUAAUGUCAUGUUUCCCUGCAAAUACUCCACCAGUGGCUGCGCAGUUUCACUAGUGCACACGGAGAAAGCAGAUCACGAGGAUGCAUGCGAGUUCCGUCCAUACAGUUGUCCCUGCCCAGGUGCGUCCUGCAAGUGGCAGGGAUCACUGGAACAAGUGAUGCCACAUCUUAUUAUGAGUCACAAAAGUAUUACGACAUUACAAGGUGAGGACAUUGUUUUUUUGGCAACUGACAUUAAUCUCCCUGGAGCCGUCGACUGGGUCAUGAUGCAAUCUUGUUUUGGCCACCACUUCAUGUUGGUGCUCGAGAAGCAGGAAAAGUACGAUGGACAUCAACAGUUCUUUGCAAUUGUACAAUUAAUUGGCUCCAGAAAGCAAGCGGAGAAUUUUGCCUACAGACUGGAACUAAAUGGGCAUAGAAGACGUCUUACGUGGGAAGCUAUGCCACGUUCUAUUCACGAGGGUGUAUCGUCUGCAAUUUUAAAUUCUGACUGCCUUGUAUUUGACACCUCUAUCGCGCAGCUGUUUGCUGAUAAUGGAAAUUUAGGAAUUAACGUUACAAUUUCUAUGGCCUGAGGAAAACCAGAAAAAGCGGUAUAAAGAGGAAAAAUGACACAACUACCCGGACAUAUCGAGCAGUCCUCGGGAUCGUGAGGUGCGGUAAAGUACUCAAAUGGGACUGCCCGUUAUGAGCAGAGAACAGUUCUUUUUACGUUACCAGAUGGAUAUUAGCAAUAUGGAGACAUUAGGGAAUGUUGUUUUGAGUAUGUUGACGAUAUGUAGCAUUUGGAUGCUCAGUAUAUGAUUGCCGUUGAAAAGCUUUUAAAGUUGUAUUCGGCUGUGAUAUUGAUAUAUAUCACAAAGUUAAAUGUAACAUCUUUUCGGUUUAUCAUAUGCUAUGACUUUGGAGCUUUGAUGCUGAGCAUGAUAUCGAAUUCCGAGAAAAAGAAAGUACCUGAUAUCCGCGCUAUUGUCACAUUACUCUUACUCAUUUCACAUCAAACUUUUCAUUCAUAUCUUUCUGAGGUACAAUGCAUUAUUGGAUGAUAACGGACAUCGUUUUUGUCUGUAUUUUAACGAUUUUUGUGGACUUCUAUGGCAAACGCGAACAUUACGAGGCGAGUUUUAUAAGUUUACUAUGAAUCUCGUCAUGUAAUUGUCAAGUACACGGUGCACUUUUCCGCCGAUGUGUAUUUUUGUAUUGCUUAUUUUAGUCCGUGAAAUUUACUUUCUCUCGAUCUUUGACAACUAUUCAUUCUUUGUAUUUUUUUAUUUUAAAGAUCCGAUAUGUAUGUAUUUUUGUAUAUAACACGAUGAAUCCGGCUUUCGUAACUGUUGCAAACGCAGCCGCAAUUGUUUCGUUAUUCCACUUUACGAUUAUCGUGUUUUUUUUUGCAAUUUUUAUAUGCAAAUAACAGUGAAAGGCAGAUCAGUUUUUCACCUAGUCUGAAUGUUGGAGCAAAAUGUUAAUAUUUUUACAACAGUUGUAUCAAUAUGAGUUGCAUUUCCGAAAUGUACUGAUAUACACUGAUAGUAUUGAAUAUCUAUACUAUACUUAAGCAUAUGCGAGUUAUAGAUUUAUAAGAUUGUGUUGGUGCAUUUCGGGACGCGCUCAUUGUGUGGAGCAAUGUUCAAUUGCAGCAAAGUUCCUGUAAGCAAGAUAAAAAGGAAGUUAAAAGUGUAUGACUGAAGCAAUGAUAUUAAAAUAAUAAUAUAAAUUAAAAGAAAUUAUUUUAUUCAAAUAUUAAUUUAACGUUACGUUACGUUUACUUUUCUGAAGCAGUGGGGAAAGAAAGAAAAAAUUUGUAUUACGUUUAAUGUCUAUUAAAUUGAUUCUUUUAACGAAUAUUUUUUUGUAUUUUUGAAAGAGCUGUUCUAGAUAAUAAUCAUUCUUGCAGUAUUUUUCCACAGUUAUAGAGGUUUUUUUUUAUUUUUAUAAUUUACUUUUAUUCUUGAAAUAUGCUUCUCUGAUUCUUCCUUUUCUAUUAUUUCAUACAACAUUGUAAAUUUUGAAGAAAGUUUUGGAAAUGAGCUGUUUAACGAAAAUAGAGCAUUGAAUCGACUUGCAUUGAAAAAGUCAUUCAAUAAGUCGAACUAACAAUGGAAGAGAAGAGUUUCGAGAGAUGACAGGGAGGACAUUGUUUUCUUUGGAGGAACAAUUUAGACUGAAAUGUAAUUUAUACGAGAUGAAUAGGCUAAGUCUAUAACAAUCAAUUAUAUAUUUUUCAUAGAUUCGCGGAAACUUGCACGAAUAUCAUUGUAUUUGUACCAUAAUUUUCUUCAAAUACGGAUGGCUGAUCAUUCUCUUUACGUUAUCAUCUUCAGUUCUUUCCGAGUUGCUAAGUAAUUUGUACGUAUUGUUGAAACUUUGUUGCCGAAAGCUGCUGAUGAUGUUGGAUCAAUAUCGCAAUAAAUCAUCAGCAAUCACUUGGGAAUUAUUUAUCGAUUUAAUGCUCUGUAACACAAUUGUGAGGAAGACGAAGAUGUUCACGAGGUAUAGGCGAAAGCACUGUUAUACUGUAAAUAAGACGCGAAAAAACUUAUUAUGUGAUAUAAUUAGUAUUAGUAAUGUACAUCACACGACAUGCUGACAUUCACGAUGUUGGAAAUAAAUUCGAAGGGAACCAAGUACACACACGGUGCACGCGCGCACCGUAAAUAUGAUUUAGCGUGUAUUAUCAAGCUUGUAACGAAUUAUAUUUAUACACGCCUAUCAGGCGGACAUUUAAUUUUAGUGGACUCACGUUGAGCAACGAGCGUUCUUGGCGAUUACCGGAAAAAAAUCAGGAGAGAGAGAGAGAGAGAGAGAGAAGAAAGAGGAAGACGGGCUCCUGAGUAUGACGUUGAUCGUUACAUCCCGUAUGGAGAGACUGUAGAGAGAAUUUCUUCCCGACUUAUUAGUGUGAAGCGUAAUUCGACGAAUCUCGAUCGAGAUUGCGGGAAUCAGUACGCUCGUCCUGAGAUCACGAUACGAUCCGCACGCGCGGAAAUUCUGCAUGGAAUUGUCGUGCGACAUAGGGGAGGAUUACAGAUAUACGCUGGAUGUGAUUUUUCUCUCUGUAAACCACGGCACUGAGCAGUGUUCUAAUAAUUUGUUUCAAGGAGAUUCAUCACAUUGUUAAGUAUCCUGUAUAUACGAUAAGAUAAACGAGAUAUUGCAUAACUCUUAUCCUUUAACUAAGUAGUAAUUUAUUCUCUAGCAUUUGUGAGAGCUCCCCAUUGCCGUUUUAUUGAACCCUGAUCUCAGGGAAACUGUAUCUUACGUUCGAUUGACGAGUAAAUUCAUUGUUUCGUUCGAGGAUGAUUAUAUGUAAUAUGUAAUAUCCCCAAAAAGAAAAGAAGCUAAAUAAUUAGUUGCGUUAUUAGUUGAAUGAGGAAUAAAUGAGCUGGUGAGAAUAUGUAACAUGUUGAAGGCUCUGGAAGCUCGCUAUCGUACGAUAAUAAUGCCGGAUUGACAAUCUCAUCGUCAUUUCGUUUCUGCGUAAACUUAAAGACGCUUUAUGUUAGAUCUAUGUUACAGUACAUGACUUCCCUCUUUUACAUUGAGAUUGAAAUUAUUACGUUUGACAUUAGAGUACCUCGAAAUUAAUCUAUGUGUACGCGGCGGGCAGUUUUACGUUUGAAGGAUUUUUCUCCCGACACACUUUUACAUACAAACACACACAAAUACACUCUCGGAACCAUCUCCGCUGAUCUUAACGAUUUCUAGUUAUUCGCGUUUCAGUUGCCACCUGCGAGGAAUGCAACUGAACGUACACUUGACGAAUGGUGACAUAUCCCGGAUAAAUCGAGAAUAUUUUUUCUUUGUUUGACGACACAAUUUGCGAAGUCACGAAUGAGAGUCGUUGUGAGCGGCAAGUCCACGACGGGAUCUUUGUACUCUACGAGAUGUCUAGCGGAGAUGCCGGCGGUGCUCGUGCAUUCGCAGACUAGUAUAAUUGUCGACAGAAUAUAGCUUUAUUUAAAUAUAAUGUAUAUACUUAUAUAUGCAUAUUUAUAGAAUCUACAAAAUGUUCAAAUCAUGUAUAAAGAGCAUUAAUAAAUUUUUUUUUAUAGAUA